UCUCUCUCUCUCUCUCUCUAUAUAUAUAUAUAUAUAAUUUAAUUUAAUUUCAAUGGAGAAGGUAGCUAAUACUAGUGAUUCAGAUAAUAAUGGUUUGACGCUUGAAUCUGUGAGACAGAGUCUGAUACGCCAAGAAGACACCAUCAUUUUUUCCCUGAUAGAGAGGGCUAAAUACCCUUUCAAUUCUCCUCUGUACGAUCAUGAUUCUCUUGUUUCGCCUUCUAUGGUCGAGUCCAUUGUUAAGGACUCUGAAGCUCUUCAAGCCAAGUUUGGUAGAUAUGAAAGCCCAGAAGAAAAUCCUUUUUUCCCGGACAGUUUACCGCCUUUGGUGGUGCCGCCUCACAAUUAUCCACAAAUUUUGCAUCCUUCAGGGGCUUCCAUUAACAUAAAUAAGACCAUAUGGGAUAUAUACUUCAAACAACUGCUUCCGUUGUUUGUUCCCAAGGGCGAUGAUGGAAACUAUGUACCAACUGCAGCUUGUGAUCUCCAGUGUUUGCAGGCCCUUUCUAGAAGAAUUCAUUACGGAAAAUUUGUAGCUGAGGUUAAAUUCAUUGAUGCCCCAGAAGAUUAUGGACAGGCAAUUCGUGCUCAGGAUAGAGAUACUCUAAUGAAACUAUUGACGUUUGUGAGUGUUGAAGAAAUGGUAAAGAGGAGGGUCGCAAAGAAAGCCAUGAUAUUUGGGCAAGAAGUGAGCCUCAAUGAUGAUGACAAGAAGGGAAAAUGUAAGGUUGAUCCAUCAGUUGUUUCCUGCCUCUAUGACAAAUGGGUGAUGCCCCUCACCAAGCUUGUUGAAGUUGAGUACCUUCUCUGCCGUCUUGAUUGAUCGAAACCUUAUGAGCAUUUCUGUGCUUACAAUUAAUUAAGCUUCUUCGAUUCUAGCGGACUUUCUCGCAAUGUAAACCCAUAAUAAAUCUUGCAAUAUUUUGAUUAAUAAAAGGUAUGCUUUCUUAAAAGGUGGCAUUGUC